AGGAACUUGAUGAACUACACACACUUUUGAACGACCUUCAUCCGAAACUCAGAUUUACAAUGGAAGUACAUGAGUCACAACUACCUUUUCUAGAUAUCUUACUAUGUAAAGACGGAAGAACAAUCUACACAGACAUCUACUACAAGGGAACAGACUCCCACCAGUACCUCGACUUCAACUCCUGCCAUCCCAAACACUGUAAGACCAACAUCCCCUACACAUUAGCUAGACGAAUUUGCACGAUUAUCGCCAACCAUGAAAUUCGUGAACAACGCUUGGAAGAACUUAGAAUAUUUCUCGUACGUCGAAACUAUCCAACAACCUUAAUUAACUCAAGCUUCGAAAAAGCGAAAGGCCAAACUAUCGAGGAAUUAAGAACACCAAAGGCGAAGGAACCCGAAGGUUAUUGGGAAAGUAAGGGAAACAGUGAAAGUUUUAAAUUUGUCAGACGAAUUAAGGAGUACAAUGGAGAAAACAAAUCUUAUUGUAACCAGACGACAACCGAAAAACUUAAAAGGAAUUUUAACGAAAGCGGAAUUUUCAACGUCCAACGCCACGCCAACUGUGACAAAGUGCAAUGAACCUCGUUGCGGCACAUGCCCUCAUAUAAUCACCGGGGACAAAAUUGAACUGAAGAAUGGAAAAACGUGGACGGUAAAAUAUGACAUGAACUGUAAAUCUAAAGGAGUUAUUUACAUCAUAAUAUGCCCAAAUUGCAACAGUUUCUACGUGGGAACGACUGAAAACCUCAGAAACAGAGUAACUUUGCAUAAGCAGCAUAUUAGACACGAAGAAUAUCGACAUUUAACCGUCAGUGAACACCUAUCUAAAUGUAGCAAAGGCAACUUUAACAUUAUGCCGAUCUAUAAGUGUAUCAACGCUAAUAGACUAAUAAGAGAGACCAAAGAGAAACAAAUAAUUAGAA